GAAUGCAUAGCGCUGAUGUAAACAACAUGGCGUCUAAUCUAUGUAGAAAUAUGUGAACUGUCUGGACUAGCAACAUACCACUUAAACAGAUAAAGUCGAAGAAUCAGAGAGUGAUUUUAAAAAGAAAAUAAUGCAAGCCAAAGGAAUCCAUGUGGAGCCUCUUUUUAGUUCUCCUGGAAAUCCACACAAUACAACAGCAUUGCUUGAUACCAUUACUAAACUCAAACAGGAUGUAAAACUUUGUCAACACGAAAAGAAUGCAGCCAUAGAGCAGCUGAAUUGUUUGAUAUCACUAAUAAAGAGGUCAUGGACUGGAGAUUACAAUGCAUCCUUACACUUAGCCAAUAUAGUGGGACUACCUCCUCCAGAGUUUGAUUAUAGAGCCACUCAUCUAACAAAUACACCAGUUCCUGACAAAUCUGCAAGAGCGGCAAUGCUUUGGGAAAGAUUAAGUAUAAAGUUAUUGGACAGAAACUAUGCUGAGAUCCAGGAAGAAAUCAGACAAAGACAGAUGCUGUAUAUGCAGAAUCGUCAACUGUACAUGGAUGAAAUAUUACAUCAUCAUCAAAUAGAUAUGGGGAAAACACCGGUCAGAAAAAAUUCAAAAACUUAUGAAGAAGUUGACAGAAGGUUUAUUAAUGCAUACAGCAAGUUUCCAAAAGUUGUAACGACAGACAGGAGUAAAAAAGAUAAUAGAGGCAAUAGAUCAACACCUCGAACUAAACAGACAGGAGGCUUAAAACAGAGGGUCAAAUCUGCACCAGCAAGACCUAGAACUGCCAAAGAUAUGGUAAAUGGGGCAAAUGUCAAAAUGAAAGACCUGUUUGUGUCAAAUAGAAGUGGAGAGCCACAGAUUCCUUUUACAGAUACAAAUACAAAAUCUAUGAAUGUUCAAAAUAGUGGAACACCUUAUGGAAAGAAUAGAUUAGAUUAUGAUGAUCCACAAAGAUAUGGUCAGAAAAGUUUAUUUGACCUUGAUGCUGUGUUUGGACCAGAUAAUGAAAACAGAAAACCUCAGAGACCAGCUAGUGCAUUUAUACCUAGAGGUCAGCAAUCAAAGUCCAGACCACAAAGUGGACAUGGAACAUUUAUGACCCAGAAGUCAGAAAGGCCAAUGAAAUUUGAAACGACAAGACCAGUGUCAGCAAAGACUCCAGGAAAGAAAAGUUCAACCUUAAAAUCUGCUAGUGAACCAAAUAUGGGCAGAAAGACUUUAGAACCAUUUCCCACAUUCCAAGUCAAUACCAGUAAUCAAGAUAUUGAAGAUGAGAAACACAUUGAUAUAAAUGACAAUGCUUGUGAAAAUUCUGAUGAUGAUUCAUCUGAUUUUGAUAUUGAAGAAUACAGAAAUCCACCAAUAAAAGUUAGGGUUGAGUCUGCACCAGCAAAGAGACCAGCACAUGUUGAUAAAUUUGUUAAAGAACUUCAAACUAUGGAAGAAAUGGAACGAGAUUUUAAGAAAAAUGCAAUACACCUUCAAAAGAAGUUGGGCAUAGAUUCAAAUGGUUUGGUGUCAUAAUGUACAAUAUCAUACAUAUAUCUGUACGUUAGAAAAUAGAUGAACAAUUGUAUACAUAUAUAUAUUGUACUAUUUUCUGCAAUUUCCAAGGAAACUGUCCACAUGUUGUAUUAGCAUUUUACAAAAUUAGCCUGAAAAUUUGUUUACAGUAGUGUAAUGUUUACUAUUUGAGGUUGUUUUAUUCAAAUAUCUUAAAUGAAAUUAAACCUAUUCAGUAUCUGAUAACAUGUCAUGGGUAUCACUCAUCUUAUGCAGGUAGUCUGGACAUAUUUUCAAAGUCUGACCUAUUAUCAUUGUUAUCUAUAAUCUAUUUGAACAUCCUUUUCUUUGAAAUCACCAUGUUAGAUUAAGAAAUUGGAAACUGAACAUUAUAACUGCCUAACCGGUUGGUGAUCCGUUGAGAAUUCAUGGCAAAUAUUUCAUUGCUAUGUAUAUUUUAUAACCAACUGUCCAUUGUUGAAAACUAUGUUGUUCUCUAUUUGCCUUUCAGCUAGCUUUGUUGGGUUGCUGUCUUAAUUAUGUAUAUCUGACAUCUCUUUAUAUAUAAUUAUAUGAAUAAUGACAAAAUAACAAAAUUCUUUUUGAACACAGGUAUGACUAUAAUUUGGCAUAUAGAUUUAACUUAGUCUGUCAAUAAAUACACUUUUGCAACAGUUGGAUUGAUAUGAUCUACAUGUUAUUCUUAGUAAAUUAAGCUAUGUACAAUUUUUUAAGUCAAAACCCAAAAUACAGUUAGUUCUGUGGUAUCCUUUAGAUUUGGAGACUUAUGGUGAAUUAUCUAUUAGAUUCUUUUUGUAGCUUUUCCAGUAUUUCUUUUUAGCAUAGGACAACAAUGAAAUUCAAUGAAAUUCAGAUACUUCAUCUGUUACAUAUUUUACAAUGAAAAUUUGUAAAUGUUUUCUUUUCUUCAAGAAGGUUUUUUUUUUUUUUUUUUUGUUAAAUGAUUAUGUAAUUUUAUGUUUUUAGUGCUAGUCCUAUUAGAUGAUAGUCAUUUUGUAAAUAUUGUAAUAGCUUAUUCAAAAGGGAGCUUUACACAUAUUUUGUAUUGCAUAAUUAAAUCAUAAAUGUUGAUAUCUUGCAUUUUAUUUGUAUACUCCUUGCAACAAAGGUUAUAAUUAUCAUUGUUUAUCAAUCUGUUCAACUGCCCAUCUGCAUAUUUCCUAUGAUAACUGAAAUUUGUAUUUGAUAGAUUAGAAACUCAUACAGUUAUCAUUAAAGCUUAAGUUAGAUAAGAGUAAGCUACAUUAUGGUUUUGACAAAUAAUUUGCUGAUGUGAACAAAAUGCAAUACAGUUUCUAGUAUGAUGAAUGUUUGGUAGGUGGGUGGACAAGCAGUAAAGGUGGAAACAUGAGAGAGAAGGGUACCCGCCUGUUUCAUGUAAUCAAAGCCUACAGUUACAUGAAACAUGAUCAAGAGCUUUCAAACUUUGUAGAAUGUUGAAAAAACAAAGAAGAUAUGCACUUUUAUUUUGAAUAUAUGGUGAAUGUUUUCACAUUUCAAGCUCAGUAAAAUUGUCAGCAGCAUUCUCAAUGAAGGCUACAAUUUUCCAUAAUUAACUCAUCCUUUAAUAAAUUUUAAGCCUUUAAAUCUAGGAGAAUGCAUGUUGGUACAUUGAAGAUAUGCUCGUCACUUUGUGUACACAUUAGGAGAGAAAUUGCAAAUUUUCUUAAUGGUGUAAUUAAGUCAAUUCUGCUAUAUUUUCGAUAAAGGAUACCAAUUUAAACAUGUUGGGGCCUUUUUGUCGAGCCUUCGACUUUUGUCGAAAAAGCGAUACAUAGCGAUCCUACAUUCCGUCGGCGGCAGUUAAAGUUUUUGAAAUUUUAAUAACUUUCUUAAACUAUACUGGAUUUCUACCAAACUUGGACAGAAGCUUGUUUAUGAUCAUACAUGAUCAUAAGAUAAUAUUCAAAAGUAAAUUUUGUAAAAAAAAUAUUCCAUUUUUUCCGUAUUUUACUUAUAAAUGGACUUAGUUUUUCUGCCAAGAAACAUUACAUUUACUCUGUGGUUAAAGUUUUUGAAAUUUUAAUAACUUUCUCAAACUAUCCUGGAUUUCUACCAAACUUGGAAAGAAGCUUGUUUAUGAUCAUAAGAUAGUAUCCAGAAGUAAAUUUUGUAAAAAAAAUAUUCCAUUUUUUCCGUAUUUUACUUAUAAAUGGACUUAGUUUUUCUGCCAGUUAACAUUACAUUCACUCUGUGGUUAAUGUUUUUAAAAUUCUAACAACUUUCUUAAACUAUCCUGUAUUUGUACCAAACUUGAAGCUUGUUUAUGAUUAAAAGCUAGUAUCUAGAAAGAAAUUUUGUUAAAAUUUUGUUCCAUUUUUUCCGUAUUUUACUUAUAAAUGGACCUAGUUUUUCUUCCAGUUAACAUUACAUACAGUCUGCAGUUUAAGUUUUUAAAACAUUUAUUAGAUUCAUAAACUAUCCUGGAUUUUUACCAUACUUGGACAGAAGCUACUUACAAUCAAAAGAUAGUAUAAAGAGGAAUAUUUUUAUUAAUUUUUUUCUCAUUUUUGUUGAGCCUGUGAUUAACAACAAAGUAGGCGAGACACUGGGUUCCGCGGAACCCUUACAAAUUUUAUAUAGCCGACUAUAUGGUAUGGUUUUUUCUCAUUGUUGAAGGCCGUACAGUUGCCUAUAAUUGCUUAAAUCCACUUCAUUUGAACUUUGGUGGGUAGUUGUCUCAUACCACAUCUCCUUAUUUUUAUAAAGCAAUUUAAAUAUUCAUAUUCAUUGAAUAUGGGCUCCUCAAUUUGAUUUCAUAAUGAUGAUACAAUUUAAGUAAUUUUAAGCAUCAUUCUCAAUGAAAGUACACAUACUUUGUAGCAAUUUUGGAUGUUUUGCUUAGAUUUUCUAAUUGGUAGAAAUCAGUUAAUAUUAUCUUUCCCUAGUACCAUUCAACAAGAAGUACAUUGUAGAGUUUUGGAACUUUUUGAGGGAAAAUUAGUGUAUUUUACAACAUUCCAAACAAACUCAAUUUUGCCUCAAUAAAAUAUCAUGUAAAUAUUUGAAUAUUUUCAAACUUCAUUUUGAGGAUUUAUUUUGACAGAUAAUGAUUUUUAUCAUAAUUUUGAAAGUUUAUUUCGUUUUCGCUAAAAAAAUAAUUAAUAGUUUCAAUAUUGAGUAAAUGGACCUGAUAAUUUAUAUGCAAUUGACACAACAUUUAUAGUUUAUACUAUCAAGCUGUUAAUUUUUUUUACAUAGAAUACACACACAUAGAUUAUCAAUCAGAAUCUCAAACAUAAACAAAAACUUGCCAAAUUGUUUUUCUCAUGACAUAAUGCAAAAGUGGUUGAUGGCAUGGUACAACAUUCUUGCUUGAUUGCAAUGUACAACAUUGUAUUUGCAAAAAAGAAGUGGAUGUACCUCAAAUUUGCUUUAUGUCACAUUAUGCCAUUUUGCAUUUCUGAUUUGCAGCAUAUUUUUUUAUGUAAAAAAGUAUAUAUGAUAUGGUCAAUCAUACAAAGUUUGCUUUAACUGUAUUGUUUUCAGACCAUUGGAUAUUCAAUGUAAUAACAACUUCAAAACCAGAAAAUGUAGUUAUCUGUAGUUGAUAAAUAGUUAAUUUGUUGGGAUAAAGUGAUAUAAUGUGGUUUUCUCAUGAAUAAAAGAAUUUUAAGGUA